CCGGCGGGACGCGGCUCACUCGCGCUCCCACCGCCGCGAACGCUCCCCGCCAUGGAGCGGCCGCCGCUGUCCGCCCUGCUCCUCGGCGCAGCCGGGCUGCUGCUCCUGCUUCUGCCCCUCUCCUCUUCCUCCUCUUCGGACGCCUGCGGCCCCUGCGAGCCGUCCGCCUGCCCGCCCCUGCCCCCGCGGGGCUGCCAGCUGGGCGAGACCCGCGACGCGUGCGGCUGCUGUCCGGUGUGCGCCCGCGGCGAGGGCGAGCCGUGCGGGGGCAGCGGCGCCGGCAGGGGGCACUGCGCGCCGGGCAUGGAGUGCGUGAAGAGCCGCAAGAGGCGGAAGGGUAAAGCCGGGGCAGCAGCCGGCGGCCCGGAGGUGAGCGGUGUGUGCGUGUGCAAGAGCCGCUACCCGGUGUGCGGCAGCAACGGCAUCACCUACCCCAGCGGCUGCCAGCUGCGCACCGCCAGCCUGAGGGCCGAGAGCCGCGGGGAGAAGGCCAUCACCCAGGUCAGCAAGGGCACCUGCGAGCAAGGGUUGCAUCAUACUGGACAGUCUACUUUCAGACGAACUGCCCCUGCAGGUCCCUCCAUCGUGACGCCCCCCAAGGAUAUCUGGAAUGUCACUGGCGCCCAGGUGUACUUGAGCUGUGAGGUCAUCGGAAUCCCAACCCCUGUCCUCAUCUGGAACAAGGUUAAAAGGGGUCACUAUGGAGUUCAAAGAACAGAACUCUUGCCUGGUGACCGAGACAACCUGGCCAUUCAGACCCGGGGUGGCCCAGAAAAGCAUGAAGUAACUGGCUGGGUGCUGGUAUCUCCUCUUAGUAAGGAAGAUGCCGGAGAAUAUGAGUGCCAUGCAUCCAAUUCCCAAGGACAGGCUUCGGCAUCAGCAAAAAUUACAGUGGUUGACGCCUUACAUGAAAUACCAGUGAAAAAAGGUGAAGGUGCUGAGCUGUAAACCUGCAGAAUAUAUUAAUCUGCAUAGCUAAAAGUAGUCUGGGUAACUACAACCCCUGUUCUUGCCUAAUAACCAGUUUCUUUUCAUCCAGUCCACUAACAAACACUUUAGUUAUAUUCACUGGUUUUACACCAUGAAAUAUAAAAUAAAGAUAACACAUCAAGACUGUCUACAAAAAUUGUCUAUUUACAGAAGAAAAGCAUGCAUAUCAUUAAACAAAACAAAUAAAAUGCUUUUUUUCAUAGUACAAGUA